CUGCUUAUGUCAUCUCCAGGGAAGCCAUUCCACAAUCGGCAAACCAUAAACACAUGAUUCAGCGGGCAAAACACUCUGACCGCCGGCCACCAGUUCACAUUCUCUCUCAGCCAUCCUCGCCAGCGCUUCUCGCCAGCGCCCGAUUAAUGUACUACAGCAGCUGAGAUUAAAAGAAGGAGAGGUGUCGCAAACAUGCGGAUCGUCGAGAUUGUCAUCGACGGUUUUAAAUCGUACGCUGUGCGUACGGUCAUCUCAGGAUGGGACGAAUCUUUCAAUUCGAUUACUGGCCUGAACGGCAGUGGGAAGUCCAAUAUCCUAGAUGCUAUCUGCUUUGUUCUAGGCAUAACCAACAUGAGCACGGUCCGAGCACAAAACCUCCAAGAUCUCAUCUACAAGCGUGGUCAGGCGGGCGUCACCAAGGCCAGCGUGACCAUCGUUUUCGAUAAUCGGGAUACCUCCAAGUCGCCGAUCGGCUUCGAAGAAUAUGCGAAUAUCUCGGUGACGCGACAGAUUGUUCUGGGCGGUACGAGCAAAUACCUGAUCAAUGGACACCGCGCGCAGCAACAGACUGUACAAAAUCUUUUCCAGAGCGUCCAGUUGAACAUCAACAACCCGAACUUUUUGAUUAUGCAGGGUCGGAUCACUAAAGUCUUGAACAUGAAGGCGGUUGAGAUUUUGUCGAUGAUCGAAGAGGCCGCAGGGACGCGAAUGUUCGAGGAUAGGCGAGAAAAGGCAUUCAAAACAAUGGCGAAGAAGGAACUCAAGCUGAACGAAAUCGAAGGUUUACUCAAAGAGGAAAUCGAGCCAAAACUUGAAAAAUUACGUGCUGAAAAGCGAGCUUUCCUUGAUUUCCAGCAGACCCAGAACGAUGUCGAGAGGUUGACUCGCCUGGUUGUGGCCCAUGAUUACAUUCGGAGUGGUGAGCGAUUGCGCGUGGCUGGCGAGGACUGCGAGAAUAGGAGCCUCAAGAUCCAGUCCCUAGAAGACAACGCCGUGAAACUGAAGAACGAAAUCGCACACUUGGAGGAAGAUGUGAAACGGGUCAAGGCUGCUCGCGACAAGGAGUUACGGAAGGGCGGAAAAUUCCAGGCUCUUGAGGAUGAAGUCAAGACACACUCACAUGAACUCGUUCGGCUGGCGACUGUAUUUGACCUAAAAAACACCAGCAUGGCAGAAGAAACAGAGAAGCGUAAAGCAAUUCAGACAACCGUCACCGACCUCGAAAAGGCUUUGAAGUCAAAGAGAGCGAUUUACGACAAGCUUCAAGCGCAGUACGAUGAAGCAAAAGCCCAACUUGAUGCACAGACAGCCGAAGUGGAUCAGAAAGAGGAACUGCUUCAGACCCUCCAGACCGGCGUUGCCUCAAAAGAAGGCCAAGAGAGCGGUUAUCAGGGACAAUUACAAGAUGCUCGGAAUCGAGCCAGCAAUGCUGCUACAGAACAGGAACAGGCAAAACUUAAGAUCACUCAUCUGGAGAAACGGCUAAAGGAAGAGGAGCCUCGAGCCAAGAAAGCUAUGCAGCAAAAUUCAGGGCUUCUUCGUGAUCUCGAGGGUCUCAGGUCACAAGCCAAGAAACUCGAGACAGAACUCACAAAGUUGGGAUUCGAGCCGGGGAAAGAAGACCAGAUUUACCAAGAACAGGCUGCGUUACAAAAGGAUAUUCGUGAUCUUCGCGAGAGAGCCGAUGGCCUGAAGAGGAAAGUAGCAAAUAUCGACUUCACCUACGCUGAUCCUCAUCCCAACUUUGACCGUUCCAAGGUGAAGGGCUUGGUCGCCCAGCUUUUCACGCUGGACAAAGACAGGAUACCCACGGCAACUGCUUUGGAAAUCUGUGCAGGUGGCCGUCUCUAUAACGUCGUGGUCGAUUCUGCCGAGACAGGUACGCAACUGCUUCAGAAUGGCAAGCUGCGCAAGCGAGUGACUAUCAUUCCCCUCAACAAAAUCUCCGCCUUCAAAGCAUCCGCGGAGAAGAUUGGUGCUGCACAAAAGAUCGCGCCUGGAAAGGUAGACCUUGCUCUGUCGCUGAUUGGAUACGACGACGAAGUUUCGGCAGCAAUGGAGUAUGUUUUCGGGAAUACAUUAAUCUGCCAGGACGCAGAUACUGCCAAAAAGGUUACAUUCGACCCUUCUGUCCGUAUGAAGAGUGUAACACUUGAAGGAGACGUUUAUGAUCCAUCCGGUACACUCUCUGGUGGUAGCUCACCGAACUCUAGCGGUGUCCUUGUUACCUUGCAAAAAUUGCAUGAGAUCAACAAGGAGCUGAGAGGCAAGGAGCGUCAACUUUCUUCCUUGGAAGAGACGAUGAGAAAGGAGAGGAAGAAGUUGGAUGCUGUUCGUGCUGUCAAGCAAGAACUCGACCUCAAAACCCACGAAAUCAAACUUACCGAGGAGCAGAUCAAUUCCAACUCUUCUUCAUCGAUUAUUCAUGCUGUUGAGGAGAUGAAAGCCAAUAUCGAACAGCUCAAAGCAGAUAUUGUAGACGCGAAGACACGCCAAAGCGAAGCAUCCAAGGAUAUCAAGCGAAUCGAGAAGGAUAUGAGUGAGUUCAAUAACAACAAAGAUAGCAAGCUUGCAGAACUUCAGACUUCCCUUGACGGCCUUAAGAAGAGUCUCGCGAAGAACUCUAAUGCCGUGAAGACCAUGCAAAAGGAUCUCCAGGCAUCGAGACUGGACUCGGAGCAAGUUGGCAGUGAUCUGUCUGCAGCCGAAGAACAGCUGGCUGAGUCUGAUGGCGCAUUAAAGUCCCAGAGGGAAGAAAUUGAGUCCUUGAAGAGGGAACAAGCCAGAUUGAAGGAUGCCCACGAUGUCGCCCAGGCUCAUUUGGAAGACGAGCAAGCCAAACUCACAGGCUUUGACGAGGAGCUACAGGAGCUGGAAAAAGCAACAAGAACCAAAUCCUCGCGCAUCACCGAGGAAGGCCUCGAGAUGCAAAAGCUCGGACACCAGCUGGAAAAACUGCAGAAAGAUCAACAUGCAGCUGCGCAAACUGUAGCACACAUGGAGGCAGAACACGAGUGGAUUGCUGAUGAGAAGGAACACUUUGGCCGCCCCAAUACUCCCUAUGACUUCAACAACCAGAACAUUGCAGAAUGCAGGUCAACUCUGCGGAAUCUUACCGAACGCUUCCAAGGAAUGAAGAAGAAGAUCAACCCCAAAGUCAUGAACAUGAUUGACAGCGUGGAGAAGAAGGAGACGGCUCUGAAGAACAUGAUGAAGACUGUCACCCGAGACAAGCGGAAGAUUGAGGAGACCAUUGUCAACCUGGACGAAUACAAGAAAGAGGCCCUGCACAAUACCUGGAGUAAAGUCAACGGCGACUUUGGGCAGAUCUUCGCAGAAUUACUCCCCGGCAGCUUUGCCAAACUCGACCCACCUGAAGGGAAAGAAAUCACUGACGGGUUGGAAGUCAAGGUGUCUCUGGGCAAGGUGUGGAAACAGAGUCUAACCGAGCUGAGUGGUGGUCAACGAUCCCUUAUUGCUCUCUCGCUCAUCAUGGCACUGCUGCAGUUCAAGCCAGCGCCAAUGUACAUUCUUGACGAAGUAGAUGCCGCCCUAGAUCUUUCGCAUACCCAGAAUAUCGGGCGUCUCAUCAAGACCCGCUUCAAGGGAUCUCAGUUCAUUGUCGUGUCUUUGAAAGAUGGGAUGUUCCAGAACGCAAACCGCAUUUUCAGGACCCGGUUCAGCGAAGGAACUAGUGUCGUACAGGCCUUAACACCUGCUGACAUGAGAUAGUCUAUUUAUAUGCCUUAUUUUUCUAGUUCAUACUUUGUUUUCAUUCUGCUAUUGUUUGAUAUAUUCUGUUCGGCCGGUGGGAUUGGCAGAUUGGCAGCGCUUGCCUGGCUGGUAGGACGGGGCUGACCCGGGGCGACGGUGUUUCCAGGACGAUGUAUUUGAAUUUUCGAUUGAAACGAUUCUCAAGAAAUGCUUGAUGCGUGAUGAACAGCGAGGGACACAUUGUUAACUCUAAGUCAGAGUAAGACAAAUAACUCUAUACUAAUUUCUCAUAGUAAACUUUAGUCGAUGGUUCGGGAAUUAUUGCACGUGAGUU